AUGCUUCCUAAUCUAGUAGGUCGCGAUGUAUGUAUAGUUGGGACUGCUCUUCGUGUUGCCCCUUCAGGACAAAGAAUACAUAUACGCUGUGCAGAUGGGCGGGAAAUCGAUUGCAAUCUUCUCUCGCCUCUCCAGGCUUCUCCAGAAAAUCGAGUUAUAGAAGUUCAAGGUCGCGUAAGCAAUGUGCAAGGUACAGAAAUCAAUGCUACAGCGGAACCGGUCGUUUUCUCUCAGGAAGCAAGUACAAAGUUUGACAGCGAUUUAUAUUCACAAGCUAUCCAAAUGACAGCUCAAUUUGAUCAGUUUUACAUUCAACCAAUGGAAGCAUAA